UGACAGGAUAAAGCUACUGCUUCAGAGUCAAAUUUGAAGACCUGUGUGGAAGAAUCCUUUGGAAAAAGUAAAAUUAGCGAAGACGAGGGCGCCAUUCUUUCACAUGCUGUUGAUGAAGCAAAAGACAAAGCGGAGCGAAAAAGAAAAAGUGGCAGGCACUAGCCAAAGACUUCUAACUAAACUUUAGGAUCGUGGCUCGUGCUUCUGGUGAUCUCCAUUUGGUUAGAUGAUCUAUGCGUGAAAGUUUGAAGUAAAAGUAGAUUGUUAGUCAUCAACAAUAAAGUUGCACCUUUUAGAAGUACUCUCUCCUUUGUCCUCCUUUCAUAGCUUUUCUUGAGUACUAUCUAGUAUAAGGUCGACAAGGUUCUUAUUGCAUCAGUGACUACGACGUCGAGGAAAGAGGGCACUCAGCUUUCUUAACGACUUUCUUAACCUGCGAGUGAAGACUCAAAGAUGUCAGAUCUCGCCGCUCUGCUGCGCGAUUCGGCGCCGAAUAGCGUGAGGAGUAGCCUGGCUUCUCUGCGGGACCCGAUUAGUCCCAUGGCCGUACCCACACGAGACCGUGUUGACACUCGUGGGUACUACAGUUAUGAGCUCCCGUACAACUCCAGUGAUGCUGGUAGAGCACAAGUAGGUACUGUUUCUGUCAUAUUAAAACCAACCCUGUUUCUCGUGGUUGUGGGUUCUAGUACAGUGAUGAAAUUGUGAUAAGUGAACAGGCCAACGCAUUUCUCAAUGCAUAGACAAGGAACAAUUGUUGAAAAAAACUACGAUCUCUUCUAAUGUAAAUCCGGCAAGCACGACACGACGCACCAUGCAGAUUCGACGCCGCCUCAAGACUCACCGAUGGAGGUCGAAGGAAGCGUCGCCAGUACAAGCUGCCUGUUGGAGGAAGAGGUAGAGAUCGUAGAGUAUCGUUUCUACGAUUAUACAGUUGCUUGGAAAAGAAAAAGUAGUGAAGACCACAGGUUGAAGAAUCUUCGUUGUAAACAAUAACAAAGAAAUACUUAAAAAGAACUACUUCCUAAUUAUAUCGCAGUUGAGAUCAAUUCCUUUCUCUUUUUCCUUGUUUUUCAGGAACAUGAGUUUUCGGCCGACAUUGCUUCCGCAGUCCAGAAAAGAGAUCCGUGUAUCAUCAAGAAGCCGACGGAAAAGAGAUCAUCUGCGGUACACCGUCAACAGCACGAGGAUUCGCCAUCGGAUAAUUUUGCGCUCGCCUUCCAGAAGUACGAGUUCUCCUUCCAGAAUAAAUUCGAAAGUCUUCUGACAGAAACCGUAGCGAACUUCAAACAGCAAGCCGUUCGCGACUACGGUAAUGCAGAAAAGACGCUGAAUCAAGCCUUUCAGGUAUAAUAUUUAAGAACUUCUACUAGGUAUAUAUGAUAUAAGAACUUGUUCUAGGUGGUCAAUACUUACCACUGGUAUAUUUUUCUUGGAUCGAUGGAUUGUAGUAUCUGUAACUCUCCUCGACCUACUAGCGCUACAACAGACCCGCUUCGAACGCGAGAAAUUGAAGUUCGAAGCUGAACUCGCAGAGAAGAACAUGCAAAUUGAGACGCUGCUAGCAUCGCAGUCAGACUUAUUGCGACAAAACGAAACUGCGAGCAAGAUUAUGACAUAUUAGAUGUUGGAUACAAGUUCGUUCCUAUGUAUAAUAAGAAGAUAGAUGGAUCUAUAAUUUUGUUCUUGUUGUAAAAUAUUACUAGGUACAUUACAGUUACACUAGGUACAUAUUUUAGUUCUUAGGUACCCACUACUACUAAUCUAGAAUAGUUCUUGUCACUAGGUACUGUACCCUUUGAACAGUAAAGUAGACUCCCAGGAGUCGGUAUCUCUAAGCUUCGAAUCAAGGGCCUGGCGAAUUUAGGGUACAAGAGGACGCAGAACGUCGAUCGGAAUUCCUUUUUGGCAAAGAUCUUUUUGCGUUGGAGGAUGUUCAGACGGAUGAACCGAGAUGGGAAAGUCAAGUACACCAUGGCAAGACGCUUUCGAGAAAAACGACUAGAGGUUGGUUCUCUUUGUUUCUAUUCGUCUGGGCAGAAUUUGUAUUGAAUGAAUAUGCGACGUUCAACAACUACAACAUGAUCAAGAAAUCGUUCCUGCGAUCAUACGUGGUAUACUUCCACCAUUUAAUAUGAUUUGUGUCCUGCACUAGAUGAUGUAAGUUGUAGUUAUGCUUCUAUACCUCACGACCACCAGCACUAGGUUCUUGCCUAUCGUAGAUGGUUUAUGGCAGCCACCUACAUCCGACUGGAGCGAGAAGAUGCGCAAAAGCAAGCCAAGAACGAACUUGAGAGAUCGCAACUAGUAGCAGAGGCGAAUCUUGGCAAGGAGAAGCUAAUGGAAGUACUUAUUCAUUUACUGUAUGCUUAGUAUACGAUUAUGCUUUUCGAUUUCGUUGUAAAUCGGAGGUACUUUCUUACUUAAAGGACGACUAUGCUUUUCUUUGUGAAAGAGCACGAUUGAGUAUCUCAACAGUAUUUUCUUUUAGUACAUGUUCAUCUUGAUGUUUCUCUACUUGUACUUGUUGGACAUGGAGAACGCUCUUCAAAGCCGACUGUACCAGAAUCUGAAUCGCCUAAACUUCUAGUCCCACAUCCGCUUUCGUCAGGAAAACGCCUCAUUAGAGGACCAACUUGCGGUAGAGACCGCGGCUAAAGCGAAUCUUCAAGCGAACCUGAAACGCGUCUUUAUGCGAGGUGUCUGCCAAUUAAAUUUUGAGGCUAUGAACCUGCUUGGAGGUGGCGCGGGAGGUGCGGUAGGAGGAGCUCCUUUUGGUACUCUUUAGUUACAAAAUUCGUAUUUUCGAUGUGUCUCCUCGUUUGGACGUGUACAAAUCGUUGGCGAGAUCAUACAGCAGCUGCACUCACCUUUAGCAAUUCCGACAAUGAACAACCUGACCACUCAAACCUAUUACUAGAUCUAGACGCACUAUUGGGGCAAGCGAGCGCCGGCGACAUUGCAGGCGCUCCUCUGCCAGGAGAUGUAGCGGAGUCAAGCGGCAUUUCUCCGCUUUUGGUCGGUGCCGGUGCAUCGAGUUCAUCAACAAUGAUGGCUCCUGGAGGCCAACCUAGUAUGGAUGCGACGUCAGCUUUCGCAUCUCCUAGUGCACCAUCUAUUGCGCCGGGUAUGGGUGCGGGUGUCGGAGGCGUGACGGCACUAGGAGCGUCAAGUACUUCUUCUAUUCCGACAUCUACGUCAUCUACAGCGGCAGCAAACAUGCCAAUGACAAGAGGUACUUUCAAUGCACCCCCUCGAGGUUCAUCAGUUGUCGCAACCCCAGAUCCUUCAACCACAUUAUUAAGGGUUUCGACAUGGCAUUCUGCACUACCAUCCUUCACUCGUUUUCCAGUAGGAAAAGGGUCAAGUAGGACGUUCUGAAGAAUGUAAUGCCGUAACCUCUAACAUUAUCAAGUGUCUUCAACGCAGGAGCUCCAAGAGGACAACGAACUAUGCCGAACACGACAAUAAGCGCCUCCACUUCUUCCUCCAAAAUGGUAGGAGGUGUAGAGCAGGUAGCAGAACUACAUCAUUUAAGGGUAGGUUAAAGGUGCUUUUCUUACCGCUUUUUAUGCCUCUCCUAAGGGAGAAAGGCAUAACAAGCGGGGUAAGCGAGCACCAAAAACCUACCUCUAAAUCAUCUUCAAAGUCACGCCUCUAGUGCGACUCGCGUACAGACCGGCGCAGCAUCGCGAAUGAAGGAUCAUUUUGAGGGGCUAGACGAGUCCCGGACUCCACCAGACCCUAUGCCCUUUGCCUCGUCAUCAACUUUGGGAGGUGGACAAGUAGCUAACGCGACUUUAAGGCUGCGGAUAGUCUCUGACUUUAGGUUUAACUAAUUAGGAUUAGAUGAUAAAAACGUACAACUACUAGCUCGAGAAAACCAAAGAUCAAGUCAUGGAGUCGCGAGCGUUCAACAUUUUAAACCUUCGCGCUUACAGUAUAAUACUUCUAACUCUCUGACUUAUUUCAGGAUCAACAUGAUCUAGCGUCUAGGUCUAAUUUUUACUGUCAACAUCCUCAUGUUAGUACGAGGAUCCGCUUUAUUAUGGGUCAUAUAUGACGGACUCUAACAUCUGCAGCGGCGGCGGGAAGCAAAUCGCGCAAAUGGCAGCAAGCAAAUCAUAGAGUCUAAGGACGACUCCUCGCAAACUGACACAUCCAGUUUUAGAGUGGUCUAAGGAGGCCAUUUGUGGAGUCUCAAGAGCAAGCCACUAUGAUGAGUGCAAUGGAGCACAUCAUGAGACUACUACAACCUUUGGUUCUUCAGAAUUGGAGGGACCGAGUAUUAGGUCACAAUUCUACAACUACGACCUCAUUGAGGAUUAUCUAAUAAUGUUUGAAUUUGAUUAUACUGAUUUGUCGCAGCUAUCUUUGUAGUAGAUUAGAAUCGAGAUGUUGGAUGAUUUGUAUCUUCACUGUUGGCAUAAUAAAGAUUACGAUACGCGGUAUUUUCUCCUCUAUUACUUACACAGUUAUUCAAAUUUGAUCAUCAGGCCCAAAGCGGCUUACGGUAUGAUUGGAAGCAAACUUGUUACUAGUCUAUUAAGCAAUAUGGAAUCUCUUUUUUCGAUUUGAAUUCCAGUACUUUUUUUCGAAAAUUAUAAGGGAUUUGGAUCAAGCGGCUUUUGUUGAAACUGAGUUUGUUUGUAGUCUUUUUCUCGUUUGACCAAUGACUUCUUUGAAAAAUGUUGACAGGAGGAGAAGGAGAAAAAGAGGGGAGAAGGAGAAGGAGAUUUGUGUCAUUAUGGACAUUGCUAUUUCUCAUAAUCGAGAGAUGAUAUGAAGAACCGAACUUUGAUAUUGCUCGCACGUGAGAUGGUUUCUCAGCGGUACAACAGGAACUCGUAUGUAUCUAUCAUGUAUGAUUGGAUACAAGCGAUAUUGAAUAAAACUGAGCAAUUGAGAUAGAAUUCACAAACACAAUGAAUGGUGAUCAUUGCUGACACGUGUACGGCCCUGCGCACAGAAAAAGACCAAU